CGGAAAGCAGUCCCAAUUCCAUCAAUGACUGUUGUAAUAAUACUAUUAUGGUUAUUUUUCUAAGAACUAUCAUUUUUAAAGAAACAUUGUAAAUACGCAAAAAAAUGUUGUGACACCGUAAUAUCAACCAUAUCGGUGUCAAUUUAACCAACCACUUCCAAAAUAAAAUUCCAUAACCUUUCCUCUCAAAUAAGCAAUCCAAACCUAAACCCUUUAAUUCAAACUCGUGUGGUUUUUAUUCUUGGCUCAACCCCUACUCAUGCUCCUAAACUCACUACAAAAGCAAAGUGUUCAUAUAUUCAUAUCUCAGCCAUCACUGUUCCAGAACAUUUCUUCCUUUUCGCGCCAUUUGCGUUCUCGUCCUAUUCCUGAAUGGAGGGCCAGAUUCAGCCAGAGAUAGCAUUCUUCGACGUUGAGACGACGAUCCCGACCCGAUCGGGGCAGGCCUUUGCGCUCCUGGAGUUCGGGGGGAUCCUGGUUUGCCCCAGGAAGCUAAUCGAGCUGGAAAGCUACUCCACCUUGAUCCGACCCGCCGAUCUCUCACUCAUCACCCCGCGCUCCGUCCUCUGCAAUGGCAUCGGCAAGGAUGAUGUUGUCUCCGCCCCUGCUUUUGAGGAUGUCGCCGACAAAAUCUACCACUUCCUCCACGGGAGAAUAUGGGCGGGUCAUAACAUUUUGAAGUUCGACUGUAUACGAAUUCGGGAGGCAUUUUCUGCUAUACAUAGGCCCGCACCAGAGCCUAAGGGAACAAUUGACUCCCUUGUGUUGUUGACUCAGCGCUUUGGCAGGAAAGCGGGUAACAUGAAGAUGGCCUCCCUAGCUAAUUACUUUGGCCUUGGACAACAAGCACAUAGAAGCUUAGAGGAUGUUCGGAUGAAUUUUGAAGUGCUUAAGUGUUGUGCAACUGUUCUGUUUUUGGAGUCCAGCCUUUCUGACAAUUCUAGAGAAAAUAGUUGGGGUUCACCCAAUUCUAUGAAAAGCAGUCAUAUCAAUGGAAAUUUUUCUCCUGGAGAGACUAUUGGCUUGAAUGCAAAUACACCCUCAUCAAGUCAGCCAACAGAAAAUCUGAUAACGCCAACAGAACAUUGCAGUAUGGAAAUCCAUACAACCUCAUCUUUUACAACUUCAGACAGAAUUGAAGUGCUUUCAGAUCGUGUUGAGUCCAUUCCUUCCAGGCCAGAUCCUUUUAAUAUGAGCCCGCUCGGUCUAAAUUUGGAGAACACAUUCCUUGAGUCUGAUAACAUGGAUGAAGAAGAGUCUGGUUCGCCUUCCCAAUUGCCCUCUACAGAAUUUGAAAGCGAGGGUUCUGGUAGUUACAGCAACUUCCUAGAACCAGAUAAAAUAUCCAUACCUUCUAUAUCUGUAGUUCUUGCCCCAUCAUAUCGUGGAAUGCAAAAAAUUAGGGUAUUGCAUAAUCAUGCUGAGUUACAAAUUUGUUGCAUGCGUCUGAAAGUGCGCUUUGGUGUUAGCAACAAAUAUUUUCCACGGUUGAGUUUUGUAGUGGAUGCAUCUGGAUGCCUAUGUCAGAUCCUGGACGCAGUUGAUAAUCAUGCUCACCGUCUAACUAUGGAUUCUCGUAGCAGCUCUAAGUGGAGGCCUCUAGUCACCAGAAAGCCCAAUUUUAUGAAAUUCCCAACUGUUCGUCUUCAGUUACCCACUGUAGUAAAUGGUGAUGCCGUGCAAUUGGUGACGGAUAUAUAUAAGAAAGAAACUUCACGUGCACGAAUGAUUGCUUUGAACAGAUUUGAUGCUGAAGCAUUGGACGCCUUAAUCGCCCCGGGAACUUGCGUGGAUGCUUACUUCUCCUUUGAUGCAUAUGACUAUCAACAAAAUGCUGGGAUCCGCCUAGUUGCCAAGAAGUUGAUCUUGCAUUCUAACUGAUACAACAGGUGCCUGGUUCACUUCAUUUAAUUUAAUUUCUGAAUUGAAAUGGAGACGUGGGGUUGAGUCUUUACUUGUGACAAUUAUUUGUUUAAUUUUAUCACUAUCAGUAUAGUUAGAUGAUUUCUUUUUAUAAAAAAAAAGUUAGAUGAUAUUCUGUGUGGUUAUAGGGCAAUGUAUUUUAUCAAUGUAAUAGGCAUCAUCAAGUAAACAGUUUGAGCAUAU